CUCUCUCUCUCUCUCUCCUCUUCUCCACUUUCUCCCUCCUCGCUAGUGCGCUCUCCUUGGCGAGCUCGCUCCGACGAACGCCAAGCCCAUUGCUCCGCGUGUGGUUGGGAGAGUGAGAAGAGAGGAGAUAUUUUCGGUGCGGUGGGGAGGGGGGAUUGAGAGAGGCCGAAUCAACCAACCAACACCUGCCUGAUUCAUCUUCUCGAUCGAUCCUGGGGGGUCUGAGCUAAUGCGCGCCGCCCCGAUCUCCCGAUCCGGUCCGCGCGCGCUCGAUCCCCGCGCCUGAUUUCUCCUCCCCGCCCGUCGCCGAGGAGAGCUCCGUCCAGUGAGGUAUGGCGCGGAGUUCAACUGAGAGCAGGACCAGGACCACUGUAUCUGUAGUUGUUUUAUUUGGCCUUUGUUCCUUCUUCUAUCUCUUGGGUGUGUGGCAGAGAAGUGGUUUCGGAAGAGGAGACAGCAUAGCAGCUGUGGUGAACGAACAGACUAAAUGCGUGGUUCUUCCAAACCUGAAUUUUGAAACCCAUCAUAGUGCUUCAGACCUUCCUAAUGAUACUGGGAGUACUGAGGUUAAAACUUUCGAGCCAUGUGAUGCACAGUACACAGAUUACACUCCCUGUGAGGAGCAAAAGCGUGCAAUGACCUUCCCUAGGGAUAAUAUGAUAUAUCGGGAGAGGCAUUGCCCACCUGAAAAGGAUAAGCUCUAUUGUCUGGUUCCAGCACCAAAGGGUUAUGCUGCUCCUUUUCAUUGGCCAAAGAGCCGUGAUUAUGUUCAUUAUGCAAAUAUCCCUCACAAGAGCCUCACGGUUGAGAAGGCUAUCCAGAAUUGGGUUCACUACGAGGGUAAAGUGUUCAGGUUUCCUGGUGGUGGAACACAGUUUCCUCAGGGUGCAGACAAGUAUAUAGACCAUCUUGCUUCUGUUAUCCCAAUAGCCAAUGGGAAAGUGAGAACAGCACUCGACACUGGUUGUGGGGUUGCUAGUCUAGGUGCUUACCUGUUGAAGAAAAAUGUUUUGACCAUGUCAUUUGCACCAAGGGAUAAUCAUGAGGCUCAAGUACAGUUUGCACUGGAGAGAGGUGUUCCCGCAUAUAUAGGUGUUCUCGGAUCAAUGAAACUGUCAUUCCCAUCACGUGUCUUUGACAUGGCCCACUGCUCAAGGUGUUUAAUUCCAUGGAGUGGAAAUGAUGGAAUGUACAUGAUGGAAGUUGAUAGGGUACUAAGGCCUGGAGGGUAUUGGGUACUCUCAGGCCCACCAAUUGGCUGGAAGAUUCACUAUAAGGGAUGGCAACGAACAAAGGAUGAUCUUCAAAGUGAGCAGAGAAGAAUAGAACAAUUUGCAGAACUUCUUUGUUGGAAUAAGAUUUCUGAGAAGGAUGGUAUUGCUAUAUGGAGAAAGAGAAUAAACGACAAAUCCUGCCCCAUGAAACAAGAAAAUCCAAAAGUUGACAAGUGUGAGUUGGCAUAUGACAAUGAUGUAUGGUAUAAGAAAAUGGAGGUCUGUGUAACUCCCCUUCCCGAGGUUAAAACCAUGACAGAGGUUGCUGGUGGUCAAUUAGAGCCAUUUCCCCAGAGACUCAAUGCAGUACCUCCCAGGAUUACCCAUGGUUUUGUACCUGGGUUCUCAGUCCAGUCAUAUCAAGAUGACAAUAAACUUUGGCAGAAACAUAUUAACGCUUACAAAAAGAUCAAUAACUUGCUUGAUACUGGAAGAUACCGUAACAUAAUGGACAUGAAUGCUGGCCUUGGUAGUUUUGCUGCUGCAUUGGAGUCCACGAAGCUGUGGGUCAUGAAUGUUGUUCCAACCAUUGCAGAUACUUCUACAUUAGGUGUAAUCUACGAGCGGGGAUUAAUAGGAAUGUAUCAUGAUUGGUGUGAAGGAUUUUCUACAUAUCCAAGGACAUAUGAUCUCAUACAUGCUAACGCUGUGUUCAGCUUAUAUGAGAAUAAGUGUAAAUUUGAAGAUAUACUAUUGGAAAUGGACCGGAUCUUACGACCAGAGGGCGCAGUUAUAAUCCGUGACAAGGUUGAUGUUCUUGUAAAGGUGGAGAAAAUAGCUAACGCCAUGAGGUGGCAGACAAGAUUGACUGAUCAUGAGGGUGGCCCUCAUGUGCCUGAGAAGAUACUCUUUGCGGUUAAACAAUACUGGGUUGUUGAAAGCAAGAGCAGCUAAUUACAUAUGCUGGGUUGUUUUUUUCCACUGAGCUCCCAACAAGACCUAAGACAUGACUUAAUUACAUAUGAAGGGUAUGCAUCAUCUACCUCCUCUGUAAACUUAUAGCCACUGUAGUCAGGAAUGAACUCUUGGCAGCUUGAGUUUUCCGAAAAGUUAGCACCCUUGCAAUGUGGCCUUGCCAGUUCUUUUCAAGGUAAAUUGCACUGCAGGUAUAAAUCUUUUUCAAAACCGGCUGCCUCAGUCUUGACAAUCUCAACCACAGGUUUCAUCUUUUGAUGUAAAUGGCUUGGAUUUGAAAGUUCAUGUAUGCAAGGCUUGUCAUGACCGUAUUUCUUUUAGCCAGUUUUGUCUAGCCUUAGCUGGUGCGACAAUUUGAGAAUGCUCAAACUGGCCUCUAAUCUUGCUUGUUUGGUGCAUUUGUGCUCUAAGGAGGUGUCGCACUGUAAUGAAACUGAGAUCCAUAAGAUUCUAGUAUUCUGAUCGUCUGAACCGAGGUGACCAAUAAUCAAAUUUAGCUACGUAUGUAAUAGUUUUUUUUCUGUUGGUAACAGACGAACGAUUUAUUUUUAGUGCUAUUUGAGGCUGUCCUUUUGAGAUUCAGUUA